CAAUGAUCGGUCCGCGCAACCCUAAACUGGGCAAGUUCGUGAGCACGCUCUGGAAACCGCUCGCAGCUCGCCGCUACGCGAGAGCGGGACUAUUUCCCCUUGAUUCCAUUACUGGGACCAAGGUUUGUGAUCAAAUCAAUCAACGAGUUCUGUCAGGUGAAACCUGCUACAUUGUUGGCCUAGGAAUAUCUGGACAUAACGCUGGCGCCUCACUAGUUCAGGUCUCGCUCUCUGAUGGUAUUCGACUACUUUCGAAUGAUGAGGAAGAGCGGUUUGUAGGUAUCAAACAUUACCAGCAUUACCCAGAGCAGGCGAUCGGCGAACUGUCUCGACGUCUCAAGUUACGAGGAGUUCGCCUCGAUCAGGUGGCAGCCUGGGCGACCAGCUGGAACUAUAGCGCUUCAGAAGUCGCUGUGGCGCGAAUUUUUGCAGAAGAGUUCCCCACUAGUGUGGUUUCCCUUAAACCGGAGACGUGGACGAUGUGGAAUCCUUUUGAACGAUGCGCAGAAGCCCGGAGGGUCCCCGCCAGGCUCCGUGACCAACUUGGUCUGGAUGCCGCUACACCGAUAAUCAUGCCUAACCAUCAUAUGAACCAUGCCUCAUUUGCCUAUGCUGCUUCUCCGUUUGCAAAGAGUGAGCGGCCGGUUGUCAUCACAGUUCUGGAUGGGGCUGGAGAUCGUGGCGCCAUCUCACUCUUUCGAGGAGAAAACGGGAGUAUCAGUGAGAUUUUCUGCAACGAGGCCCUCACUGAGUCACUCGGCUUAUUCUACUCCUUAGUGAGCUCGACUCACGGCGGCUGGACACCACUCAGCAGCGAAGGACGUUAUAUGGGCGCGGUCGCUUGGGGGGAUCAAAACCGGCUUACGAACCCUUAUUACCGUCGAAUGAGAGAGAUAUUUCAUUUCAGCCCUUCGGGAAGAGUUUAUCUGAAUCGCGGACUAGCGAACUGGCCGAGUAUGGGUGAACUUCGACCGUACACGUCUGCGUUCGAGGCCAUCAUCGGCAAACCCAUUCCCAAAGACAAAAUGUGGAAUCCCGAUGCUGUCCUAAAUGUUGAUUCUAUAAAACAUUCGGAGAUCACGCGCGAUCGUGUUGAUCUUGCCGCUGCUACACAGCUUGUGUUUGAAGACUGUGUCUUUCAUAUCGUCGACUACCUGAUCCGAAGUACCGGCAGUGAUCAGCUUAUAAUGGCGGGCGGGACUGCUCUUAAUGGCCUGGCGAACAUGAGGCUACUUGAACAGUUUGAUCGCGAAUGGUAUAAACGCAAUCUCGACCAAGAUACAACACUGAAGCUAUGGGUUCCUCCCACACCCAGUGACUCCGGUGUGUCAAUAGGAGCCGCAUACAGCCUUGCCUUGCGAUCGAAGGUUCCCUGUGGUCCUAGUCUGAAACACGCGGCUUGGUGUGGCAUCCCUGCUCAAACUGAAACCAUCCAGACCGCUUUGGAAAAAGAUCCCGAGAUCGAGUUCCAUCGACUCGGUAAUUUGAAGAAUGAUCUCGAGCGGCGGGCUGUCGCCGACCUGAUGGCAUUCAUUGUCGCCCAAGAUGGCGUUCUAGGCUUAUAUCAGGGAGCAGCCGAGACCGGUCCCCGCGCUCUUGGGCAGCGCUCCAUUCUCGCCAACCCAUGCAACCCUGAAACAAGGAAAGUCUUGAACGAACGAGUCAAGUUUCGUGAAACUAUCCGUCCUUUAGCGCCUAUGGUUACAAGGGAGCAGGCAGAUAUGUUUUUCGAACUCGCGGAAGGCGCUGCGGCUGACGACUACAACGCUUAUUACUACAUGGUUUUGAUGGCCAAAGCCCGGCCUUUGGCAUUCCAAAAAAUUCCAUCUGUAGUGCACGAAGAUGGCACAAGUCGCAUUCAAAUUGUCAAGCCAGAAACCAAUCCGUUAGUUCACGAUUAUCUGCAAUCUAUGGGCAAACGGCUCGGAGCUGAGGUCUCCGUCAAUACGUCCCUCAAUGUUGGCGGGCCAAUUUGUCAGACACCCACUCAGGCACUGGGUGUUUUGAGAAGGGCGAAGGGUAUGACGGGUCUUGUAUUUGUGAGCGAUGAAGGCGAGAUUUUUCUAGCUUGGAAUACCGUCGGGACGAAAUUUAGGGACAAUGGUGAAAAGUUGAAGCAUUGGGUGGCUAGACAUAAUGGGUAG